AUGUCUCUUUCUCUCUCUCUUUCUUCUCCCUUUGCGAAACACCAAUACCGCGGGUGCGUCGCCGCCGUUGCGCGCGAUGGGGAACGACGACUGUACCGAAAACAUCAACAUCAUCCUCUUCCAGAAGGAAAACGCCGACGAGAACAGAUUCUGAUUUGUAAUGGAAGAAUAUUGGAACGACGACGACGCGUAAAAACGACGACGACGGUUUAUGCAAAAGUGACCACCUCUUCUUCCUCCUCCUCCUCGUCGUCGUCGUCUGAAAGCGUAAAACGGGGGGAGACCACGCAGAGCUUAGACGUAAACGCGAAGAGAGGAAAAAUUCUCUUGGAAAAAUGGUCGCAAAAAACGCAGUCGUUCGCAGAGUUGGCGACGGUGCCGCUGCUGGCGGUGACGUUACCGCAGAUUCUUUUGAAUCAGCAAAACAUCGUGCAAGGGAAUUCGCACUUAUUGGCUGGGAUUUCCUACGAAGGGUACGCGUGCGGCUGUCUCGGGAACUUGUUGUUGUUGUCGUAUUUCAGCGCCAUCGACGAACCCGCCGGGAGGAACAUUCAAGCUAUCGGGGUGGUGAAUACCGUGUUUUUGUUGUCGCAGUUAUUCUUUACCGGGAAUUGCGGGGACGUGAACCUGGCGACGUACGCCGCGUGCGUUUCGGUUGCUUUGUUUGGGGUAUUUUCCGCGUACUUCAAGAAGCAAAUGUUCUCGGACCCGACGGCGAGAGAAAACGCGUGCGCGUUGUAUGAACGCGCGUUAGGGGUGGUUGGGUACACGUUUGUUCCGUAUAUUUUGAGCCACGCGCUGUUUAAAACGUCCACGGAAGUUUCACAAAUGUUAGCGCUCGGUGCUUUUGCGAUAAUUUCGUUACGAUGUGCGAACGAUUACUUCGGAUGGAGCGAGAAGAAAAACGUAAACUUCUUCGCGCUCGAACAGUUUAUGAAAGUAAAAUGGCAAACGUUGAUGGGAUGGACAGCGACCUUGUUGUUUUCGUUGUUACCGAUCGCACAAAUAUCGACGUCUACGACGGACCCGUCGAACAUCGCGUCGUUGUCGUUAGUCGCGGUGGUUUUAGGCGGCGCCGGAAACGCUUUGAUGUUUGCGCGCGCGUGGCACAUUCGCGAUUGGUGUUGGAGCUUAGGAUCGUUCGGGGGAAGUGCGGUUGGGAGUUGGGGAGUGCUGCUGACCAUGUUCAAUUAUGGGCACAAGCAAGUCUCGUGGGACGUUUUCGCGGCGCUUAGUGCGUUGUAUUGGGGAUGGGUAGCGUUCGUGAUGUGGUACGACGACCAGUGCAAGAAGAAGGCGAACAUUUAG